AGCCUGGCUUCACCCCCCUCCCGGACAGCGGGGCUGGGCAGCUCUUUCUCUCCCGCUUGCCUUGCAGCCAGGCUUGGAUUGUCUGCGGGCAGAGGGGUGAGCCAGCGGGGCAGCCUUUUGUUCCCCCUCUGGCCGGCGAGCCCCUUCCUGGGGCAGGCAGGGCGCCGCGGGGAGAGCCGCUGCUGUAUCAGCGCCGGGCGCGUGGCUUCUUUGUGUACAGCUGCUCCCGAAGGCAGAGGCAAACCCUGUGGCUUGGCACUGAGCUUUUUCAAAAAAUAACAGCCCCUCCUGCCUCCCCGCCCCGGCAGAGAGAGACACCUACCUGGGCUGCUCCACCUCCUCCCUCUCCCUUGUUUACCUGCACUUUCCCACCACCUCUUUCUUCUCUCCCUCGGUCCCUUCCCUUGUCUGUCCCCCUUGCCUCAAAGGAAGAUUCGGCUCCCUCGCUAGCUCCAGCAACUUGGUCCUUUCCCUGAAGCAGAGAUCCAGGGAAGGGAGCUGAAGGUGGAUCUGUUAUAACCUCCCAGCGCUUUUCUCGAAGUGCACUUCUUGGACCAAAACCACCCCCAGCAUGGAUGUAAGAUUUUACCCAGCUGCAGGAGACCCUUCCAAUCUGGACUUUGCCCAGUGUUUGGGUUACUACAGCUACAACAAGUUUGGAAACAAUAACAACUACAUGAACAUGACGGAGGCAAAUAAUGCAUUUCUUACUGCAAAUGAGCAGACAUUCCAUACUCCAAGCCUUGGAGAUGAAGAGUUUGAGAUCCCACCAAUUACGCCCCCUCCUGAGUCAGACCCCACGCUAGGAAUGGCAGAUAUACUGUUGCCCUUUCAGGGUCUAGGCGACCAGCUUCCUGGACAAGGAAAUGAAUUUACACCCCAGUUUCCUCCACAGAGCUUGGAUCUUCCUUCUAUUACAAUAUCACGAAAUCUUGUGGAGCAAGAUGGUGUAAUCCACAGCAAUGGAUUGCAUAUGGUAGGCAUGGUCCUUUGUAUCUUUCAAAGACUAGUGCAAUGCCAUUACACCGAAGUCACUGUCAAAAUAGGGUUUAAAUGGGAUGUAAGCAGCAUACAGGUUCAUGUUAGCCCCUUGCACCAGGCUACUGGAGAAAAAAGAGCUGCUCCAGAUUCUGGCAAGAAGCCCAAGACUCCAAAGAAGAAGAAAAAGAAAGAUCCCAAUGAACCACAAAAGCCAGUGUCAGCAUAUGCUCUAUUCUUCAGGGACACACAGGCUGCAAUUAAAGGGCAGAACCCUAAUGCUACAUUUGGAGAGGUUUCAAAAAUAGUAGCAUCUAUGUGGGACAGUUUAGGAGAAGAACAAAAACAGGUAUAUAAAAGGAAAACGGAAGCCGCCAAAAAAGAAUACCUAAAGGCACUUGCUGCCUAUAGGGCUAGUCUUGUUUCUAAGGCGGCUGCAGAAUCAGCUGAAGCCCAGACAAUACGGUCUGUUCAGCAAACGUUGGCGUCCACUAAUUUGUCAUCCUCCCUUCUGCUGAAUACUCCUCUUUCUCAACAUGCAACAGUGUCUGCAUCUCCUCAGACUCUCCAACAGUCCCUUCCCAGGGCAAUCGCUCCAAAACCUUUAACCAUGAGACUGCCAAUGAAUCAGAUUGUAGCUUCUGUUACCAUUGCACCAAACAUGCCAGCAAACAUUGCAGCCCCAUUGAUAAGCUCUAUGGGAACAAAUAUGGUCGCAACACCAUCUUCAUCACAAGUAAGCCCUUCAAUGCAAACCCAGCAGCAUCAGAUGCAACAACUACAGCAGCAACAGAUGCAGCAAAUGCAGCAGCAGCAACUACAUCAGCAUCAAAUGCAUCAGCAAAUCCAACAACAAAUGCAACAGCAGCAUUUUCAGCACCACAUGCAGCAACAUUUGCAGCAGCAGCAGCAUCUUCACCAGCAAAUUAAUCAGCAGCAAAUGCAACAGCAGCUGCAACAGAUACAGCUGCAGCAAAUGCAGCAGCAGCAAAUGCAACACAUGCAACACCAGUCCCAGUCUUCUCCUCAACAGCAUUCCCCUGUAGCCUCACAGAUGACCUCACCCAUCCCUGCCAUUGGGAGCCCUCAGCCAGCAUCUCAGCAGCACCAGUCACAAACACAGUCCCAAACACAGACUCAAGUAUUAUCGCAGGUUAGUAUUUUCUGAAGAUAAAUGUUCUUGCAACAUUGUUUUGCAUUUAUCAAGGGGGCGGGGUAAACCAUAUUUGGCUGAAAACUGUAAAUUGUUGAUGGUAGUUAUGCAGAGAUGCAUAACAGAUCAAACGAUCCUCUAAAGUGUCUAUUAGAUAGGCAAUAAAGAACUACAAUGUAGCUGUGUAUCAUCUUUUAGCUGACUAUAAAUCAUUUUGUUAAAAAAAAAAUUAAAAAAAAAAAAAAGCUGUGCUUCUUUUCAUGUAAUGGCCUUUUUAAUUUAUUUAAGCUUUACCUACAAUAUGUGAAUCAAAUGGCCUAAUAAAUACUUGGAUGUUAUGACUGCAAAAUGGCCUUUCGGAGUUAUAUAAUGUAACCUUUCUUUCUCUAAAAGUGAGUAAUGCACUUCAAGGCAGUUUAAACUCAUGAAACCCUUAAAAGCACAGUUGUAACUACCUGUAAAAUGAUGAUUGGAUUUCAUACAAUCAUACUUGUAUGACAUGAGUAGUUGAUGGCAUUUUUUUGUCAUGAAAAUAAUGUAAAUCAGAUUUUUGCCAAAGCUCUUAUUUUUUUCUUUCCUACACGUCUUCAGAAAAACAAAUGCAAGCGACUAAACUUAAAUGGUUGACCUUCCACUUUGAUUUCUCCAAAUAAACGUACCAUACUUUGUAACAAAAUAUAUAUCGACACUGUUACCCUAUUAUGUUAAUUCCAGUUACAAAACAAAUGUGAAUAUUAUAUUCUGUGUUUAAGUGACGAGUUUCAGAUUUAAUACACUGUAUUUUUAAAAGGGAAAUGCACUUAAAUAAAACUGUUAUUACAAAAACUGAGAUUAAAAAAUGCAAGAGGAUUUAAUAUGCUGUAAUACCAGUAGAAUAUUUAAAAGAAGCUCCACAUCUGAAUAAUCAAUGUAAAUAUUUUCUUUAAAAGUUGUAAGUUUUUCAUAUCAUGUGUUGUAAAGUUUUCAUAAAUGAGGCUUUAAUGUAAACACUGGUAACAUGAACUAUUAAUUGCUACAUUGCUUAUUGUGUUUUUAAGCUGUUUUAUACUUUUUUAUGAGUUAUGAUAGCAGCAAUUAAGUUGUUUGUAUUUUGCUUAUCUAAAAUAAAUGCUUUUAUCUUGCUAGAGAAUAAACACAUUUCAGUAAAACCAGUGGACUGGAAGUGUUUGAUGCAACAACCAGAAGAAAGUGUUCACUUUUAAUAGUACCGUCU